CCAGGCAAGAAUAUUGGAGUUGGUUGCCAUGCCCUUCUCCAGAGAAUCUUCCCAACCCAGCGAUCCGAACCCAGAUCUUCCACACUGUAGGCAGAUUCUUUACCAACUGAGCCACCAGGAAAGCACUGUACAAUAGAUGUUUGAUGAGAGAAGCUGGGACAAAUUAAAUUUUAAAAUAUGGAAUUAGCUUAUGUUGUUCAUUCUUCAAAGGAGUCUUAUUCUAAAUCUUUUUGCAAUGCUAGUACUCACUUCUUAAUUUCUGUUAUAACCUUGAGUUUUCAUAGAUAGCACAUUUAUUCAACAAAUUAUGGAGUGCUUAUUAAUAUUGUUUCAGACACUGUGUUAAGCACUUGAAAUAGAGUGGUGAGCAACAUGGCUGUCCUUCAUGUAGGAUUCAUCCUUAGAGUUAACAAGACAAUGAGAGCCGCCCGGACCUAGUGAAUGAAGGCAGUCAUGAAGCUAUAUCUGAAGGAUCUUGAUUGGGAGGGAUUAUAUAGGCUUUUGCUAACAACCAUGUUCGUGUAAAUGCUUUGAAGUUUAGAACCCUAAACAGUCAUUAUUUAUGGUUCUGAUGAGAGGAAUGUACAGUGUAGUUGGCUGCUGUUGUCUUUCUAGUGUAACACUGAAUUGUGAUUGCAGACCUUUCCCUUCAAUGUGCAAUUUUCUUGAAUUUUUCUUCUCUAGGAACAUUUUUCUAUUGUUUCUGGUGUCCAUGUCUCUAUAAGGUGUGCUUCAGAGGCUCCUAAGACCCUGAAGAUGCAGAGCAGUAGGGAGUCAAUCACCAGCCAAGCCCUGCCUUGUUCACUAGAUUCCAUUUGGCUACAUAGGGAAGAGGCAGUACCAUUCUCCUGCUGUAAUCAAAGAAGUCCAUCUGUAAUCAAGAAGUCCUGUAAUCAAAGAGUAGGAGACUUCUAGAAAUUGUGAAAAUCCUUAGAGGCUUGGGACAACUUAACAUAGCUUAAACUUUAGAAAACCAUCUUUUAUUAGGUGGUUUCAAGCAUGAUCUCUGGGCUUAAAUACCUUCUGUCUCUGUUCUCAGGUUCUGGGACUCAUGUCUUCUUGCUGAAUUGGACCAGCAGCCUUGGGGGUGAUGAGAGACCCCUCCCUAUCACUUCUCAGCUACAAGGCAUGGCUGAAAUCUGUAGCCUCUGAGUCCCCUUAAGGAAAGGUCAAGUGAUGCUUAGCUAGAUAAAUGUUUGCUAGAAUUAUCUCUUAAAGGGAUUUUUCCACUGAAGAGAAGUUUUCUUUUUAUUUAACUUACACUAUAUCUUCAGCAGUAUCUCCUUUCAUGUUAGUAAGAUGGCCUUGCCCACAGUUAGGUGUGUAACCCUAACCCUAACCUGUCUUUAAAGAAAUAAGAUGUCUGUCAGUUACACUGCUAUGACCUCAGGUUCCAGAAUAUCAAGGCAACAUUCUUUAGGUGUUUCAUUUUGGAUUGAACCUAAGUUUAGAAUCAGUCAGCUUAUUGUUGAAGGAAAAAAGGAUAUCCCAAGUGACAAGAAAAUACCUGUUAACUAUGGAUUGGUUUGGAAAUUGCUUCUCUAAGUUUCCUGAGGAUGUUUCCUUUCUCAACACACAUGCACCUCUGUUACUUUCACUCGUGUCAUCUGAAGAUGAACAACAUUUUAUCUCCAACCUGAGGAGCUGUGCACCAGCCCAGGCUGUGGUGAAGCAGCCUGUCCGGGGAGCCAGCAGCAGGACAGCAAUCACAGCCAUUGUCCAGACUGGUGGGGACUGGAGCACUGGCCUCUUCAGUGUCUGCAGAGAUUGGAGAAUCUGUUUCUGUGGUCUCUUUUGUCCCAUGUGUCUUGAGUGUGACAUCGCCAGGCAUUAUGGAGAGUGUUUUUGUUGGCCAUUGUUACCUGGGUCCACCUUUGCACUGAGAAUUGGCACCAGAGAGAGACAUAAAAUACAGGGUACCCUGUGUGAGGACUGGCUGGCAGUAUAUUGUUGCUGGCCUUGCUCCAUCUGCCAGGUGGCCCGGGAACUCAAGGUGAGAACCUCCCAACUCUACGAAAUCUAUACGGCCCCUUCGACCAAAGAAACUAUUAUUUGAUAGAGCAAGAAAACUCUUCCUUCCUCACUUCCCCACACCCUCCUCUUAAAUCCCUCUUGGUGGAGAGAUUGUUCUUAAGUUUUCCCUGAAGUAGUAUGAAAAUAAAUGGUUUCCCA